AAUUACAUAGCGCCCGCCAGUAUCCCAAGAUUACACUGAAUCUGCUUUGACCUCGCGGAUUACGGAGUCGACGGUGGUGUGUGUGUUCUGCUUGCUGCUGUCCCAUUGCGUGGUGGAUGAUGGCCGCUUCGAAACCUGUUGAGCCGCAGUCCGGGAGUGGUCUCCCCCGCUGGCAGCUGGCCCUCCUGGUCGGAACACCCAUAGUGUUGGGUGUUGGUGCUGUUUACUUGUGGAACCGAAGCAAGACGAAGGACUCGUCGGGGAAAAGGAAUGGGGAACGGACGACUCCAGAAGGCAGCGCCAGCCCAGUACAGGGCCAAGACGGUGCGGCUAACCGAGUCAGUCGCGAGCAAGAGGACAUGAGUCCCUUGGACCGAGCCCAAGGUGCCAAAAACAAAGGUAACAAAUACUUCAAGGCUGGGAAGUAUGAGCAGGCGAUCCAAUGUUACUCGGAGGCCAUCGCUCUGUGUCCCCCCGACAAUAAGACUGACCUGUCCACCUUCUACCAGAACAGAGCCGCUGCCUUUGAACAGCAGAUGAAAUGGACAGAGGUGGUUCAGGACUGUAGCCAUGCUGUAGAGAUGAACCCACGCUACAUCAAGGCCUUAUUCAGGAGGGCAAAAGCCCUGGAAAGACUGGACAACAAGAAGGAGUGUCUGGAGGAUGUGACUGCAGUCUGUAUCCUGGAAGCCUUCCAGAACCAGCAGAGCAUGCUGCUAGCAGAUAAAGUCCUUAAACUGUUGGGCAAGGAGAAGGCCAAAGACAAAUACAAGAACCGGGAGCCUCUGAUGCCGUCUCCUCAGUUCAUUAAGUCCUAUUUCAGCUCUUUCACUGAUGACAUCAUCAGCCAGCCGCUCCAGAAGGGGGAGAAGAAGGAUGAGGACAAGGACAAAGAGGGGGAGGCUGCAGAGGUCACAGAAAGUUCUGGCUACCUCAAGGCCAAGCAGUACAUGGAGGAGGAGAACUAUGAUAAGAUCAUCAGCGAGUGUACCAAGGAGGUGGAGUCUGGAGGACGCUACACCGCUGAGGCCCUGUUGCUACGGGCAACCUUCUACCUUCUCAUCGGCAACGCCACCGGGGCCCAGCCUGAUCUGGACCGGGUCAUCAACAUGGAGGAAGCCAAUGUCAAGUUAAGGGCCAAUGCUCUGAUCAAGCGUGGCAGUAUGUACAUGCAACAGCAGCAACCAAUGUUGUCAACACAGGACUUUAACAUGGCUGCCGAGAUCGACACACGCAAUGCAGACGUCUACCACCAUAGGGGACAGUUGAAGAUCCUCUUGGACCAGGUGGAGGAGGCUGUAGGUGACUUUGAUGAGUGCAUCAAGCUCAGACCUGACUCUGCCCUUGCUCAGGCUCAGAAGUGCUUCGCCCUGUACCGACAGGCGUACACUGGAAACAACCCGUCCCAGGUACAGACAGCCAUGGACGGCUUUGAGGAUGUCAUCAGGAGGUUCCCCAAGUGUGCUGAGGGAUACGCUCUCUAUGCUCAGGCGUUGACAGACCAGCAGCAGUUUGGCAAAGCCGAUGAGAUGUAUGACAAGUGCAUUGACCUGGAGCCGGACAAUGCCACCACAUAUGUACACAAAGGGUUGUUGCAGCUCCAGUGGAAACAGGAUUUGGACCUUGGUCUGGACCUCAUAAGCAAGGCCAUCGAGAUUGACAACAAAUGUGACUUUGCCUACGAGACCAUGGGAACCAUCGAAGUUCAAAGGGGCAACUUGGACAAGGCGAUAGAGAUGUUCAACAGGGCCAUCAACCUGGCUAAGUCUGAGAUGGAGAUGGCCCAUCUUUACUCUCUGUGUGACGCAGCAAAUGCCCAGACAGAGGUAGCCAGGAAGUACGGGCUGAAGCCACCCACGCUGUAACUCUCCUAUCACAUGACCCCAUUCAAGUUCCUCCCACUCUCCUCUGAUGAGCCUGAUUGUAUUAUACCAACAGGUGUUUGAGCAAUUUGUUUUCUACAUGACAUGAGUACUACUGGUGGUUAAAGAUAAAAGGAAAUGUGAGUAUGGUUGUGCAAUUCUGAAUACUUUCCCUAAGUGAAUGUUGCACCCUGUUUGUGACCAUACAUUAUAAUAAGGUUUACAUCGCAUUGAAUUGAGUUUUUUCAGCUGUAAAGAAGAGGUCUUUAUUUUUCACAAUAAGAACCCCCUGCACAAUGUACUAGGGGAAUACAUAUUUAUCCAGUACCACUCUCCCUCAGACACACAGCUUCAUCCUGAGUCCUGGUCUUUAGUUAAACCCAGACGACAAUCCUUCUGUAGCAGUCAGUAUGCCUGGUCUCUGUGAACAUGACCAUGUGAGACUGGCCAGACACCCAGAAAUAUUUAACUUCUAAAAUCAAAGGGUGAUUCACUCAGUUGGUUAAUCCAUCUCAUUGCUAAUUCAUAUCCAGACAUUAAAGGGAUUGUUUUUUCACUUGUACCCUGAGAGAACUGGAUCAUUCUAAUGGUUUGUUGCUGUUCAGUAACAGAUGUUUCUGUCCAGACAUGUUCCUAUCCUGUUAAGGACACAACCUUAUCAAUGAGCGGCAAAUUUAAAAGCAAGAUUCAAAUUUUUGUCAAGUGAGUGUAUGUAAUAUUAUUAUUGGUGUAAAGCUGAGCUUGAUAUCACAGUUUGUGGGAUGUGAGGGCACCAGUUAAGUUAGGAUCUUUGUUUAGUUUUUCUGGGGAAUGCCUGUUUUUCCUUUUUAUAUAUUCUGUACAGCAUGUCUGAGAUUUCUCUUUAUAAAUAAAUGUUAUUACAAUGCUGAAGUAGUGGUUAAAAGCAAUCUGGCAACUUUGGAAAGCCUCAUACUGACAUGAACAUUUAGACCUAAAAUAAUGUUUUAAUUUCUUGGUGUACCAAUGUCAUUUGUAUCGGUUGUUUCCCCCAACUGCUUCUAGAUUCAGAAAUUGUCAGAAGGGAUUUUUUUAAAAUAUUUUUCAGGCUCAGUCAACUUUUGCUUUGCAGACGGCAGAUAAGCCUUAUGAUUGGUCUCUAUGUUCAGAAACGACACUAAUGUCCUUCGUAGUCCCAUGCAGAGAUGUAUCAUGACCAAAGUCAAACGGGGUAUACAUUUAAAAUAAAGCUAUCAUUUACUGACUUAUUUUAUUUGACGCCUUGUUAAUAUAUUUUUUGUCUUACGGAUGUUUGAUUAAAGGGUUAACAAUAAACGUUUGUACCUUCAAAAAAACGAUGUAUACAUACGGUCCCUUUAACUCUGGACAAAUAGUUUUACAUACCUGUCGUUUCAAUAACUAUUAAUAACUAUAUCAUAACUAUUUAACCUGAAAGGUCUUUUCUGCUGUUCAACCAGUCUGCUCUUUUCAGAUCUAAUCCUCUGUUGUGUACCUGGUUAAUUGCUGGAACACCUAAGCCUUAAUUGCAGAUGAUUUUGAAGUGUAGGACAUGUUCUGUAGUAUCUUGUUAAUGGGCUGGAGCAGGAUGACAGUAAAACCAAUGUUCCUAAGUU